UCUGCAAAGGUUACUGAUCCCUUGAAGAACAGUCUGCCGUCACUUAUAAAUACCAACACAUACUUAAUAAAGAUAAGAAGUGUAACCGAAUAAAACCGAAAGUAGGUGAAUAUGAAUAUACUUACAUCAAAAAUAAAGACAGGAGAUAGUCCGUCCACGUCCAAUCAUCCACACGACCGUCCCCCACGUCUUCUUUUCCACCCCUUUUCGUUGCUCUUUUAAUUUUGUCUGUCGGUAUUUGGCUAGUUAGACCUAUUCUUUUCCCUAAUCUGUGAGUGCUUCAAGCCCGCUGCUGAACGGUGGGCAUGACGGGGGCCAACACGGAAAGCUCUGAGGAGGCUGAUGGCCGGGGGACUGUGGCUCGUCGGCGCUGGAGAAUCCUGGCUGAGGCCUUGCAGCGGUCCAGUACAAGGGAUGCCUCACCUGACAGUGUUUCCACACGAAAGUUUCAGUCCUUUGGCCUUUUGUCCUAUGAAACACUAGGACAAGACUUUUACUCGGUUAGGUGCAUCAGCUCAGAUCUCAGAGUUAUUGUGAGGCUAUUACGUCGGGACUUCAGCCCCAGUCAACUUACGGGCUUCAACAAUACGGGCAACGUUUGUAUCUGGCCUUCAGAGGAGAUUCUUACAUACUACUGCCUUAGCAACUUGAAGACAUUUUCAGAGAAGUCUGUGUUAGAGCUGGGUGGUGGCAUGACCUGUUUAGCUGGAAUGCUGUCACCGCCGAGUGGCCCCACAUGCUGUCCUGAAGACCACCCAUCAACCCGGACUCUAGAGGGAGCCAUCCAAGCGAAUCAAGAACGAGUUCCGGGGGGCAGCAUGAGCCAAUGCAGGAUGGCGCCACUAUAAACACUCGCCUGCGCCAGAACGGGCUGGGCUGACCAUCAGGCCCCACCUGGAAGAAGCCUUGGGCCGACCAUCAGGCCCCACCAGGAAGAUGCCUACCGGCGCAACAGGCAACGACGUAAAAAAAAAAAAAAAAAAAAGUCAGUACGACAGAAAAAAAGGAAAAAGAGAAAUGUAAAAGAGAGAUAGAUGAAGAAAGAUUAGCAUGACACCAAAGGAAAGGUAUAAAGAGGGAUGACGGAAGGAAAGAAAGAAGAAAGAAGAUUUUGUAGGAUAAAGUAAUAGUAAGAAUAAAGUGUCACAAGAUCUCAUAAGUUAGGCUGUAUCUUGUAAUGAAUCAACAAGUAGUGUGCUCCACAUGUAGUACAAUUGAAGAUGCAUGCUUUUGAAAGAACAAUGUGUGUAUGGUGGCUUGUGCCACGGAUGGAGCAAAAGGAGUGUGCUCCACUGGUGGCGCACUACGCAAUGUGAUGAAUGAAGAACAAGUCUACCGGGUAGUGUACCACAGGUGGAGCACUAUUUUUAUUGUCUCAGUGGCAGCUCAUAACCAGAGUGAAGCUACACACCUCCUCUCAAGUCGGUGGCUUGCGUGGUAUUGUGGCUGCGCCAAGUUGAACCAAACGCGACAGGGAGGAGGCGGCAGGAAGUUCAAACGCAGUUAAUGUGUUAAAUAAGGCACCUGUGCUAUGAAUGUGUUGCAUUUUAGGAUAAUAGCAAUAAAUUGUAUAAAUUCCAUAACACAUGGCAAUGUUGUUCUGUCAUUGUCCCUCCCUCACCUCCACCUGCAAUGGCAGCUAUUUCGACUCACUCUCUUGUGCUCCACAAUCAAGAGAAAUAAUUUAUUUACAGUGUGUCAAGAAGUCUUGCAGUAGACUGGCUUGACCCAUGUUGUUAUGAAUUCAUUCAGUAUGACUGUAUGGCAUUGUUGAUAACUGUGCAGAAGAACAAAGAUCCAGAUGUUCAAGUCACUUCUGCUCCCUGUCUUACUCCUUGUCUUUGUGACAUGGACACUAAAUAGUGAUUUGAAAAGGCAAAAUGAUGCCUUUGUUAAUAGUGCCUGCAGAGAACUAUGGGAUAUUGCUGGAAUGACUUUGUGUCAAAUCAGCGAUUUCUCUGUGAGACUGAAUUGAGGCCUGUUACCAGUAUAGUCUCUGAAUGCCAACUCUGGCUUUCCAGGCAUGUGCCACAUUGCCCAGAAGUCGACUCUGCUUACUAGUUUGUUUCUGAAAGAGACAAUCUCAGGUGGAGGAGGUGUCAAGGGGAUGCCUGCCCACAAGGCUGUUAGCUUGAGCAAGUUGAUGGAUCCUGCCAUCAGGUACUUAAGAUGGGAAGGGGUCUUGCAUGGAGACUUGCUUGAAGGGACCACUGGGGUUGGCUUUGUAUGAUGAGUGAGGUGGCAUGCCCCCUGGUAUAUGCCAUAUUGACUUUUUAUUGACUAUGCUUUUCCUGCAGCUCCUAUUAAACUCAUCUACUACUUGCAGCUCACUCUCCUUUUUGGCCAACUAGACAGUGUCAUCUGCAAAACUACUUGCAAAUAUUAACUUUUCCAUGCUAUUCAUUGUCAGUUUUGUUCUGAUGUCCCCUUUGUGCUGUUAUCUUUUAUAAAUCAAGACAUCACAACUUCAUGUAUUAGAAAAAAUGCUCCCUAAAUGUUGUCUGUGUAAGGGAACAGUCAGUG